AUCCAAGCAAAGAAUAACUGAAUAACUAGUCAUAAUACUACAAUAGAUCGAUAACUUCUUACUUGUUGUACACAUCUUUUGAUCUUCUUUCCUGAAAAUUGAGAUUCUGUUGAAAUUGAAACCCAUUUCAUUCAUGAAAACAACUCACACACUGACAAGAUUCUCCCUAAGCCCUUUUCACAGACUCCUCUUCUACGAACCAAAUAAUUGGUCAAAAACAAGUUUUAGUUAGUCUACUUCGCUCAAGUACUCUCUCUUACUUGACAGACUCACACCAACCAUAUGUUCAAAUCUCUUAUAUUAAUACUAGCUGUUUUCUCAGUACAUUUCACUUGUAUUAAACCAUACUAUUUGCCAUUUCUCAUCAACAAUUUAGACACUAUAAAUAUUAGUAGCAUGAAAGUAUGAAAUCAUAUAAGACUUCUCCUACAACACCCCCACUACUACACCACUUAACAAAACAAAUGCCACCAAAAUACAACACUACCAUGCUCGAAAAAUGGACAAAGCUAGGUUCAACACUAGCAAGUAUCAUGUUCAUAUGGGCAAUGUUUAGCCAAUUCAUCCCUUACGAGCUCCGUAGCUUCAUCGAAAAACGUAUCACUCGUCUCUAUUCUCAAUUCCACCCCUACAUUGAGGUGACGAUCCCCGAACAAUCUGGGGAUCGUCUUAAAAGAAAUGAGGCAUAUACCGCGGUUCAAUCUUACCUCUCGUCUAUCUCCUCUAAGACCGCUAAGCGGUUCAUGGGGGAGAUAGGACGUGAUGGAAAGAGUGUAACUUUAAUAAUAGACAAGUAUGAAAAAGUUGGGGAUGAAUUUAGAGGUGUUAAAAUUUGGUGGGAUUCUGGUAAACUCGCUUCUUCUACUAGUUCUAAGGGUUUUUUCCCUCAAUCUAACUCUUCUGAGCCAGAAAUGAAGUUCUAUAGAGUUACAUUUCACAAAAAAUAUAGGGAUUUGGUAACUCAAGAAUACUUAAAAUAUGUGGUUAAGCAAGGGAAGGAGAUCAGACUCAGAAAUAGGCAGAGGAAGCUUUACACUAAUGUGGGAAAGUCAAGGUACUCUCUUUUUGGCAACAUAAUGUGGAGUCACAUACCAUUUGAGCACCCAGCAACAUUUGACACACUAGCAAUGGACUCUGACAAGAAAAAAGAGAUAAUAGAUGAUCUUGAAAAUUUCAGCAAGAGUAAAGAUUUCUAUGCAAGAAUUGGCAAAGCUUGGAAAAGAGGGUAUUUAUUAUAUGGUCCUCCAGGAACAGGGAAAUCUACCAUGAUUGCUGCAAUGGCAAAUUUGCUCAAGUAUGAUGUAUUUGAUCUAGAACUCACUGCAGUGAAAGACAACACCGAGUUGAGGAAGCUUUUGAUCGAUACCACGAGCAAAUCGAUUAUAGUAAUCGAAGAUAUCGAUUGCUCACUCGAAUUAACAGGCCAAAGGAAGAAGAACAAGAAGAUCAAGGGGGAUGCAGAGAUGGACAAUAAGGAGUACUUGGAGAAUGACGAAGAUCAGAAGAAGGUGGAUAACGCGAAGGUGGCUGCUGAAAAUAAUGGUAAUGUAGGCAAUGGAAGUAGUGCUGUUACUCUUUCAGGGUUACUAAAUUUCAUUGAUGGUAUAUGGUCUAGUUGUGGAGGAGAAAGGAUCAUAGUUUUUACUACAAAUUAUGUAGAGAAACUUGAUCCUGCAUUGAUAAGAAGGGGAAGAAUGGACAAACAUAUUGAGAUGUCUUAUUGUAGUUUUGAAGGGUUUAAGGUUUUAGCAAAGAAUUACUUGUUACUUGAUGAAGUGGAAGAUAAUGAUGCUGAUGAUCAAUAUUAUGAGAUGUUUGAUGAGAUUAAGAAGUUGUUAAGUGAGGUUAAGAUUACUCCAGCUGAUGUUGCUGAGAAUUUGAUGCCUAAAUCUUCUGAAGAAAGUGCCGAUUUGUGUCUUAAGAAGUUGAUUAAGGUGUUGGUGGAAGUCAAGGAAGAGGCUGCUAAUGAAAAGAUAGUAGAGGAGAAGAAGAUAGCUCAUGAGGACGAAGAGGUAGAGGAGUAAUUAAUGGAACUAAUUAGUAGUAGUAAUUAAAGUAGUAGUUGUUAUGUUAUGUUCUAUUAUGUCUUUCAUUUUGUUGCCAAAGUAGUUGUUAUGUGGUUAUUUGAUAAGUGAAAGAAAGAUAUUGUAGCUGCAGUUGGUU